AGCAGCCGAGCUCAGGAGUACCUAGAAAGUGCACUCAACCCUGACCUGAAGAUCAGGGGUGUUUUAUUGGGGGGGAAGGUACAUAGAAGCCGAGUCUCAAGAAUGUGUAAGUCUUGUUAGCCAGCUGUAAAAGGAAAAUGAGGGCAUUCCAGGAAGAAUAAAGACACAGACAUAACAAAGCGUGAUGAUUUCCCAGAAAUACAAGUUAACUGAUUUUAAUUAUAAGGUAUAAGUGGGGAAUGGUGGACAGUUGAGACUGGAGUAGUAGGCUGGAGCUUGAUCAUUAAAAGAAAACGUGUACUAUUCCCUGUUUCUCAAGGUAGGGAAGUCUGAUGCAUUUUAUAUAACAUUACAAUCUAAAUGGUUAAAAAUAUUUCACCAGUUAAUGGGUCAAGUAUUAGUAUUUAUCCAGAAUGCUUCAUUAUCUUACAGUUACAGAAAAAGCAUUAGUAUGCUUUUGAAUAACUGCUGAAUAUGUUUACAUUAAAACGAACUAUUUUGACCAGUGUGCUUUAAUUUCCAGAGACUACUUUGUAUAAAUCCACCCCUGUUUGAAAUCUAUCAAGUCUUGUUAAGUCCAACACAACAUCAUGUAGCACUUAUAGGACUAAAAGGACUUAUGGUAUUAGAAUUACCUAAAAGGUGGGGGAAGAAUUCUGAAUUUGAAGGUGGAAAAUCAACAGUGAAUUGUAGUACCACUCCAAUUGCUGAGAGAUUUUUCACCAGUUCUACGUGUCUGACUCUAAAGCAUGCUGCCUGGUAUCCAAGUGAAAUGCUGGAUCCCCACAUAGUGCUGUUAACAUCAGACGAUGUAAUAAGAAGGGCAUAUACCGCAUCUUUAGGAGAGACAGCAGUUGCAUUUGACUUUGGGCCAUUGGCAGCAGUUUCGAAGAAUAUAUUUGGACAAAAAGGCAAAGAGGAAGUAGUGGCAUACCCAUUGUACAUCUUAUAUGAGAAUGGGGAGACUUUCCUUACGUAUGUUAGUCUGUUUCACAGCCCCGGGAAUAUUGGAAAGCUGUUAGGUCCGUUGCCCAUGCAUCCUGCAGCUGAAGAUAACUAUGGUUAUGAUGCUUGCGCUAUACUCUGCUUACCCUGCAUCCCCAACAUCUUAGUGAUAGCUACUGAAUCAGGAAUGCUGUAUCACUGUGUUGUGCUAGAAGGGGAAGAAGAAGAUGACCAAACUUCAGAAAAGUCCUGGGAUUCCAGGGCUGACCUCAUUCCUUCUCUGUAUGUGUUUGAAUGUGUUGAGUUGGAGCUUGCUCUGAAACUGGCAUCUGGAGAGGAUGAGCCCUUUGAUUCUGACUUUUCUUGUCCAAUCAAACUUCACAAAGAUCCCAAAUGUCCCUCAAGAUAUCACUGUACUCAUGAAGCUGGUGUACAUAGUGUUGGGCUAACUUGGAUUCAUAAACUUCACAAAUUUCUUGGAUCAGAUGAAGAAGAUAAGGAUAGUUUACAGGAACUUGCUACAGAACAGAAAUGCUUUGUAGAACACAUCCUGUGUACAAAGCCAUUGCCAUGCAGGCAGCCGGCUCCGAUAAGAGGAUUCUGGAUCGUCCCUGACAUUCUGGGGCCCACGAUGAUCUGCAUCACCAGUACCUAUGAAUGCCUCAUAAGACCUUUAUUAAGCACAGUCCAUCCAGCAUCUCCUUCCCUGCUUUGUACCCGAGAAGAUGUUGAAGUGGCAGAGUCUCCCCUCCGUAUUCUGGCUGAAACCCCGGAUUCAUUUGAAAAGCACAUUAGAAGCAUUUUGCAACGUAGUGUUGCCAAUCCAGCAUUUCUGAAGUCGUCUGAAAGGGAUACGGCCCCUCCUGAAGAAUGUCUUCAGCUUAUUAGCAGAGCCACACAGGUGUUCAGAGAACAGUACAUCCUUAAACAGGACUUGGCAAAGGAGGAGAUUCAGCGGAGGGUCAAAUUGUUGUGUGACCAAAAAAAGAAACAACUAGAAGAUCUCAAUUAUUGUCGAGAGGAGAGAAAAAGUCUACGGGAAAUGGCUGAGCGCUUAGCUGACAAAUAUGAGGAAGCUAAGGAGAGACAAGAAGAUAUCAUGAACAGGAUGAAAAAAGUACUGCACAGUUUUCACUCUCAGCUCCCGGUUCUCUCUGAUAGUGAGAGGGACAUGAAGAAAGAAUUACAGCUGAUUCCUGAUCAACUUCGACAUUUGGGCAAUGCCAUCAAACAGGUUACUAUGAAAAAAGACUAUCAACAGCGGAAGAUGGAAAAGGUACUGAGUCCUCAAAAACCCACCAUUACUCUCAGUGCCUACCAGCGAAAGUGCAUUCAGUCCAUCCUGAAGGAGGAGGGUGAACACAUAAGGGAAAUGGUGAAGCAGAUCAAUGAUAUCCGAAAUCACGUAAACUUCUGACACCACCAGAACAGAUUCACAACUGAAGUUAACCGAAGGUGUAAACUCGCACUGUAAAACAAACAGGUAGCAUUAUCUAAUUUAUAAAGAAGCAUUUUGAGUGAAC